AUGGGAUUCAUAUCUCUCCCAUUCUCUCCUAUGAAGAGGAAAAUUCAUCCUAGGGUUCAUGUAAUCGGUUCCUGCAAUGGCUUGGUUUGUUUACAUAGAGAGCCUUAUUCGCUUACCGUAUGGAACCCAACAACCGGUUCCUACAAAGCGUUUUCGUAUUAUCGUCACAUUGUUAGGAAUUCUUAUCCUCUCGAGAAGACUUGGAAUUGUUUAAAGCCUCUUCGGAUAACUCUUCUUUCUGGGUUUGGGUACGAUGAAUCAAAAGAUGACUACUUGGUAAUUGCAGCUUGGAAGGAUAAGAGAGAGGAGAACCACUUUGAUUUCUAUUCACUGAGAAGCAGUUCAUGGAAGAGCUUUGAUGUUGCACUUCCCAACAACACCACUAGGAGGCGAGAUCCUGGGUUGUUCUUCAAUGGGGCUCUUCAUUGGUUGCCUGAAGAUAUCAAUGAUGAUAAAAUUCUUGUCUUUGAUAUCACAAAAAAGAGAUUUUCAGUGAUAUAUAAGCCAGAAAAGGAGGUGAUUUCUUACCAUGCAAAGAUGAUAGUCUUGGGAGGGUGUCUAGCCUUGUAUUUCACAGUGAAAAGCAGCAUCCAUGGUAAGAUAUGGAUCAUGGAAGAAUACAAAGUGCAUACAUCUUGGACUCUGUAUAAGAAUCCAAAAGGUUUAUUUCAGCCUCUUUGCGUCUCCAGUGAUGGUAAUCUUGUUGGAUUGAGCGGUAACAGCAGUCUCAUGAAAGCGAGAGCCAAUGUUGAAAGAGAGUUGUCCUAUGCAUCAAGAGUGCACGUUGGUUAUCAUACUUAUGAUGAUCAUAAGAGCAUUAUGUAUACACAGAGUUUCAUGCCACUUCCUAGUGACUCUGAGGAGAAGAAGAAAAAGAAGAGAGAAUUAGGUAUGUAA